AUGGAUCCUGUAAGAGGUGUGGGAAGUGUUGUGGGGACUCUGCUGAUUCCCAUGCGGUUUGUGUGGCCAUAUGGUGGAAGGAGUGUUUUUCUUAGCGGUUCUUUCACAAGGUGGUCUGAACUUUUGCCAAUGUCUCCUGUGGAAGGUUGCCCGACAGUGUUUCAAGUUAUUUAUAGAUUGCCCCCUGGUUACCAUCAGUACAAGUUUUUUGUUGAUGGGGAAUGGCGGCAUGAUGAGCAUCAACCAUAUGUACACGGACAAUAUGGGAUAGUCAACACUGUCUUAUUGGCAACUGAUCCUAACUACGUACCUGUUAUAAAUUUAGACAUUGCUCCCGGAAGUAACAUGGAUGUGGAUAAUGAGAAUUUUCGCCGCAUGCAGGUUCAGGUGACAGAAGCUACAUUGAGUGAGGUGCUUCCAAGAAUAUCAGAUACUGAUGUACAGAUCUCUCGUCAGCGUAUUUCUGCAUUUCUGUCUAUGCACGCAGCUUAUGAAUUACUUCCCGAGUCAGGCAAGGUUGUUGCAUUGGAUGUUGAUUUACCUGUGAAACAAGCAUUUCAUAUACUGCAUGAGCAGGGAAUAUACAUGGCUCCUCUGUGGGACAUGUGCAAGGGGCAGUUUGUUGGUGUUCUUAGUGCUUUGGAUUUUGUCUUAAUUUUAAGGGAGUUAGGGAAUCGUGGGUCUAAUCUGACAGAAGAGGAGCUUGAAACACAUACCAUAUCGGCUUGGAAAGAAGGAAAGUCAUAUUUAAACAUACAGAACAAUGGACAUGGAACUGCAUUUUCUAGACAUCUUGUUCACGCAGGGCCAUAUGAUAAUCUGAAAGACAUUGCCAUGAAGAUCUUGCAAAAGGAGGUUUCAACAGUUCCUAUUAUCCAUUCAUCUUUUGAAGAUGGUUCUUUUCCGCAGUUACUACAUCUUGCUUCACUGUCAGGAAUACUCAAAUGCAUUUGUAGGUAUUUUAGGCAUUGCUCUAGUUCAUUGCCUAUACUACAACUUCCAAUAUGUGCAAUACCCGUGGGCACAUGGGUGCCCAAAAUCGGAGAAUCAAACCGGCGGCCUCUAGCAGUGUUGAGACCGAGCUCUUCUCUUGCUUCAGCCCUGAAUUUAUUAGUUCAAGCACAAGCAAGUUCAAUACCAAUUGUUGAUGAUAAUGACUCAUUGCUGGAUAUAUAUUGUCGGAGUGAUAUAAUGGCUUUGGCGAAGGACAGGGCAUAUACACAUAUCAAUCUUGAUGAAAUGACUGUUCAACAGGCUUUACAGUUGGGCCAGGAUGUGUGUAGUCCCUACGAGCCUAGAAGUCAAAGAUGUCAAAUGUGUUUGCGUUCUGAUUCACUGCAUAAAGUGAUCGAGCGUUUGUCAAAUCCAGGUGUGAGGCGGAUUGUUAUUGUGGAAGCUGGCAGCAAGCGUUUAGAAGGCAUCGUCUCGUUGAGUGACAUAUUCAAGUUCUUUCUCAGUUAG